GGGGCGCGGCGCGGUGGGGCGGCCCGGGGGCGGGGGCCGCGGGCGGCCCGGGGCUGGGGAGGCCGCCGCCUCCCUGGGCCUGCCCGGGCGGCCGCCUCCGCGAUGCCGCUGCUCGUCGAGGGGCGGCGAGUGCGGCUGCCGCAGUCCGCCGGGGACCUGGUGCGAGCCCACCCGCCUCUGGAGGAAAGAGCCAGACUUCUCAGAGGUCAGUCUGUUCAACAAGUGGGACCCCAGGGCCUUCUGUAUGUUCAGCAAAGAGAGCUGGCAGUGACCUCCCCAAAGGAUGGCUCCAUCUCCAUUCUGGGUUCUGAUGAUGCCACCACUUGUCACAUUGUGGUCCUGAGGCACACAGGUAACGGGGCCACCUGCUUGACCCACUGUGAUGGAAGCGACACCAGAGCGGAGGUCCCCUUGAUCAUGAGCUCCAUAAAAGCCUUCUCGGACCACGCUCAGUGUGGAAGGCUGGAAGUGCACCUCGUGGGAGGCUUCAGUGACGACAGGCAGUUGUCGCAAAAACUUACCCAUCAGCUUCUUAGUGAAUUUGACAGACAAGAGGAGGACAUUCACUUAGUGACACUGUGUGUGACAGAAUUAAAUGACCGGGAAGAAAACGAAAACCACUUUCCAGUAAUUUAUGGCAUCGCUGUCAACAUUAAGACGGCAGAGAUUUACCGAGCAUCCUUCCCAGAUCGGGGUCCAGAGGAGGAGCUCCGUGCUGCCCGAGCUUUAACAGGAGGACCAAUGAUUAGUAUUUACGACGCAAAGACAGAGCAACUGCGUAUAGGACCGUAUUCCUGGAUGCCCUUUCCACACGUGGAUUUCUGGCUGCAGCAAGACGAUAAGCAAAUACUAGAGAACCUUUCCACUUCGCCUCUGGCUGAGCCGCCCCACUUUGUGGAACAUAUUAGGUCUACCUUGAUGUUUUUAAAAAAACACCCAUCUCCCACCAGCGCACUGUUUCCUGGAAACAAGGCUCUGCUCUACAAAAAGAAUGAAGGUGGCUUAUGGGAAAAGAUCUCUUCUCCAGGAAGCUAAACACGGGAUCACCAAAGAAAGCAACUUGUUGGCCUGACAAAGACCACCGUGGGGGCUGCAAAGAAUGCGCAUCAGAAUCUACAUCUGCUGAGUCUUAGGUCUCCUUCCUUACUGUCCUUCAAAUGACUUUCAAAAUAAAAUCUUAUUUUGGCAAAGG